GUUCAGAUCAAAAACAAAAAAUAUUCUAGUAAUCUGUUUCCCCUCUCUCUCUCUCUCUCUCUCUCUCUCCAUAUUCUUCGCAUCUCUGGAUCUUCUUAACAGCUCAAUCCGCGUGCUCUCCUGUUUUCAAUUCGUGCUCUUCUCCAAUUCCCUCACCUGCACUUCCUUCAAUUCCACCCUCUUCUCUCUUCAAUUCCGGUCGCCGGAGACUCCAGAUCUGACCGGAAAGCCAACAGCCGGCAGAUUUCUUCUUGUAUUGCGGUGAAAGAGAUUGUAUUGUUGAGAUCCAAUUUUGAAUAAAGUGAGAUCUUGGGGGGUUAACCGAUGAAGGACGGGAUGAUAGAGUGCAGCGUCUGUCAUUCCAAGAUAGUGUCUCCAAAUACCAAAGCUGUGUCAAGGGCUUAUGACAGAUAUAGGAGCAAGGUAUCAUCAAAACAACGGGCUCUCAAUGUCCUCUUGGUUGUUGGUGACUGCGUCUUAGUUGGUUUACAGCCUAUUUUAGUUUUUAUGUCCAAGGUGGAUGGGAGUUUCAAAUUUAGCCCCAUUAGUGUUAACUUUUUGACAGAGUGUGCAAAGGUUCUGUUUGCAAUUGUCAUGCUUUUGUUGCAGGCUCGGCGCCAGAAAGUUGGAGAGAAGCCAGUUCUCACAGUUUCCAUUUUUGUACAGGCAGCUCGCAACAAUGCGCUUCUUGCUGUUCCAGCACUUCUCUAUGCUAUCAAUAACUAUCUAAAAUUCAUCAUGCAGCUAUAUUUCAAUCCUGCAACUGUGAAGAUGUUGAGCAAUCUGAAGGUCUUGGUAAUUGCUGUUUUGCUAAAGAUAAUAAUGAAGCGUCGGUUUUCCAUAAUUCAGGUGUGCACAUACAAACAUUCACCACAUGAUUUUAUACUUAGCUUAAGGUAUGUGCAAUUUUGUUUCAUUGUUUUGUUACAGUGGGAGGCUCUUGCUCUAUUGCUAAUUGGAAUUAGCAUAAAUCAAUUACGAUCCCUACCUGAGGGUGCUACUGCUCUGGGUCUUCCAGUUGCAACGAGUGCAUAUGUGUACACAUUGAUCUUUGUGACUGUUCCAUCUCUGGCCUCAGUCUACAACGAGUAUGCUUUGAAGAGCCAAUAUGACACAAGCAUUUAUCUUCAGAACUUGUUUUUAUAUGGAUAUGGUGCCAUAUUCAAUUUCCUGGGCAUUCUUGUGACUGCCAUGGUCAAAGGUCCUAGUAGCUUUGACAUCUUUGAAGGCCAUUCAAAAGCUACCAUGCUUCUAAUAUUUAACAAUGCAGCACAAGGAAUCCUAUCCUCAUUUUUCUUCAAAUAUGCAGAUACAAUCUUGAAGAAGUAUUCAUCAACUGUUGCCACAAUAUUCACAGGCAUAGCAUCUGCUGCAUUAUUUGGCCAUACUCUGACUAUAAACUUUAUGUUAGGAAUUACAGUUGUUUUCAUCUCAAUGCACCAGUUCUUUUCUCCUCUUUCAAAGGUCAAAGAUGAACAGCAAAAUGGUGUGGUGGAACUAAAGGAUGUUCAGGAUAACCACAGGUCAAGGGAUUCAUCCUUCGUAAAUAUGGCAGCCGGAGCGAAUGAGGAGGCUAGUCAUCGUGUAGGAUCUGAUGAAAGACAACCACUUCUUCCCAUGUAAAGGUAUUCAGGGGGUUCUUGGGAAGAUUUUUAUUGGCUGGACUCGCUGGAGCAUAUUAAGAGACAAUAGCCAGCUCUGAGAAUCACUGAAUGAAAUAAAAACUGAAAGGAAUUCUUUUUAGUUCUCUUGAAUACCUUCUAUGCUAGAUGGCGUGUAAUUGUUGCGUAGAGCCUUUUCUCAGCAGGUUCGAAAUGUAGAGCUGAGGGUUGAAAGAGGUUUUUAUAGAGCCGUAGCAACUUCACUUCGUUGCCAUUCUACAUGUCUUGAGCAUACCAAUACUAUGUUACUAGUGAUAUUUGUAUCUUUUUUUUCUUUUCUUUUUUUUGUCAGAAACCAAGUAUAGAUGAGUUUCACAUUUUUUGUUCCUUAUGAGAUACCAAUUUUUUAAUAAAAAUAUAAUGAUUUGAGUUAGAA